GGUCACGUUGGCCAUCCAUGGCUUCUGGUCUGGCAUAAAAGCCACCCCGGCGGAUCCGAAAGUCGCAGUCGGUGUGUGGAGUCCCCAGAGACACGAGAUCUCUACAAGCAGCGAGCAUUCUCUGGAAUUACGGCGACGCGAGUAAUACGGCUAGCCAAGUUCCCACCGGCGCUACACCCAUCUGGAUUUGGAUAUCCACUGAGCGGCUCCUCGGUGACCUUGGAGAAACUCGCCGACAGACAUGAGUCCUAUGGCUCGCGCCCGCUCGGCCUACUUACUCUUGGUCAUCCUCGCGGCCGCCGGCGCGGAGAGGAGCUUCGACUAUGACGUGGACGACCUGGACCAGGUGGAGUCGUUCAUCUGGGACGCCAGCGACGCUCCGCACAUGGGUCCCGCGAGGCCCGCCCAGCACAAUCCGUCGCCCGCCGAUAACCUCGUCGGCACCGACCCCAACCUGCACCGGCAGAUCUCCGACAUUGUGCGCCAAGUCAUCGCCGAGUACUCCCAUCGGAACCAGCUCCCGGCUGGUAUAUGGGUCGGUGGCAAACACAUGGGCCCCGGCCUGCAGCACAUGGCGUUUCCGCCCCAGAACCCAUGUUUCCCUCCCAUCGGACUGCAGAUCCCAGUAAUUCCCUGGAAGCUGGACAAUAUCACACCCCGUGGUGCUACGAACAACAACAACAACAACUUUAAUAACAACGACGCGAACAACCAAAACAACAACAACAACGGGAACAGUGUCGCCGGCAAAAACAACAACAAUAACGACAAGCCACAACCGGGCUCGCUGCCGCCGCUGCCUCCCUACCAGAAGCCAGCCUGGAGGCCUGCUGUCCCAGUGUUCCCGAUUCCCCCUCAGUCCCAGCAGACCCACAACCACCAAGCGCCUCUGAAGAACCCGCAGUCCCAGCCUGGCGUCAAGACCUCGUUCAGCAUCUCCACAUCGCACCCGGUGCCGCUUCCCAAGCGAGACCUUCACACUCCCCUGGUUCCGUGGAGGUCCGCCGCUCCAGCGCCAGCGGACCCGCAGUCCACCGGAACGCAGACCAUGCCACCCCCGAUUCGCCCUCCAAAACUGGCUUCCCACUUCCGCUUCGCUCAGCUGCCGAGACCCAGCGGACGCGGCCACGCAAGCCGCAGGGGACAACACCUGCUGCCGCAGAAGACCGGCGUCUCGUCGCUGCCGAAGAACCUGCCAGCCGAUGACGUCUACUACGCCAGCCAAAGCAGCAAGCUUCCCAGGAAAGUGGUCAAGCAGGGCGUGUUCGAACCCAAGCGCAAGCCGCAGGUCGGCGAGACCAUCACGCUGGUCGAGCAGGGCAAGAACGGCGAGUGGUUCAAGCUUCCGGUGAACAAGGUCAGCACUGGUCUCGGACGCCGCAACUACGAGGUGGUGGAACUGCACAAGGAUGAGGACGUCAGAAAGGUCGGCCAGGGCUUGGGAAACGGCGAGGAGAGCAUUCACUACAUCCACAUCCAGGAGAGAUAAUAACUCGUGGCACGUUUUAGGGCGCCGUUGAUCGGCGACCGGCGAAGCAUCUUCGCACACUGUGUCGACCCUCCGGCCUGCGCUUCUUAUGGACUCGAAAUAUGCUGGACAUUCACUGCACUGUGCCUGACAUCUCAUUUCUUCGCUGUAAAUACCAAGCUCGAAUUUUUUAAAGUCCCUGGGUGUCCGGAACAUGCACAUCGACUGACGCUGUUAAUAAAGCAACUUCGAUGAUACGAA